AUGUACAAGAUGCAACUCUUGUCUUGCAUUGCACUAACUCUUGCACUCGUGGCAAACGGUGCACCUACUUCAAGCUCUACAGAGAACACAAAGAAACAAGUGCAGUCAUUGCUGCAGGAUUUACAUUUGCUUUUGAAGGAAAUUAAUAACUAUGAGAACCUCAAGCUCUUCAGGAUGCUCACAUUUAAAUUUUACAUGCCCAAGAAGGCUACAGAAUUGAAACAUCUUCAGUGUCUAGCAGAAGAACUCAAACCUCUGGAGGAUGUGCUAAAUGUUGCUCAAAGCAAAACCCAGAACUCGAUAGAUAUCAAGGAUUUAAUGGACAAUAUCAACAGAAUAGUUUUGACACUAAAGGGAUCUGAAACAAGAUUCACAUGUGAAUAUGAUGAUGAGACAGUAACCGCUGUAGAACUUCUGAACAAAUGGAUUACCUUUUGUCAAAGCAUCUACUCAACAAUGACUUGA